UAUUUUGCAAUUAUGUUUGUGUAAUAUGAUUAAUAAAAAGUUAUAAUUAAAUUUAUAUAUAUAUGGGAUUGUUUAUCUCAUAUUCUACCUGGGAUAUAUUUGCAAGCAUGUGUAAUUAUAAAAUUAAUAUCUAUAUAUUAAUUAUAUUUAAAUCUCGAAAAUAUAGACAUCUUUUUAUUGAAAAGCUGUCGUAAACGUGUGACAAGAUCAUAUUGUCAACAAUUUGUAAACAAUAACCUACAAUGAAAAAACUUCAUAGUUUGAAAAUAUAUAUGCAAUAAUGAAUGAAAAAUAUUAUAUAUGUGUUGUUGUCAUGUUUGCAUCAUAAUGCUCAAGAUAUAAUUAUUCAUUGCCGUUAUGUUGCUGUUAUGUUGCAGACAACAUAACAUACCAGUAUUGCGGACAAACCGUUUACUCUGGAAAUUUCGCCAACUGUUUGCAUAAGCAGACAUAUUGCUGUAUUCGUAACGUGUUUUAUUUCGAAGUACAGUAAAUAUUUAGCAACAUGUUUUAUGCAUUAGUUUGUUCAAAAUGCUUAAUCACGCUUGGCUAUCUGGAGUGAAAGAAGUAAUAAGUAGUCACUAUAUGAUGACAGUCGACUUUGAGUCGUGUUCGUAUGUGCGUCGUUCUACCUAUUAAAUUUCGGAAAAAAUAGUCUUCAUGUAGUAGAAAAACUACUUCCUCUUUUAAAUACGACAUCCUUUUUUUAAUAACUAGUUUUAUUCAAGUUCAAAUAUACUUUCUCGGAUAUAUUGGUUAUUUUCAUUUAGUUGCAGUUAAAGUGACGCUGAUUGAUCACUUCAGGAUUUGGAAUCUACGAUCUACGAAAUCCAAAUAUUUUUGACAAAAUGGAUUCAGAUACGAAGACUUUUACCGUGGAAAAUGGCGUUUACAUAGGACAACAGACGCAUCAACCGAUUAACUAUAAGAGUCUUGGAGAAUUAAUAUGGAUUAGUAUUAAAAGUCAUAAGAACAAAAUCGCACAUUUAGAUGCAUGUACUGAUGAAACGUUUACGUACGUCGAGUUACAAGAUAAAAUUGUGAGAUGCGCCGUGUGGCUGCAGAAACAAGGAAUUAGAUCUGGCGACGUUAUCAGUGUAUGCACAAGUAAUCAUCCAAACUCUAUCGUGCCCUGUCUUUCGGCGGCUUAUAUCAACGCAAUCUUUAAUCCAUGGAAUGUAAAUAUGGACUUUCGAACUGCGCUGUACGUUUUGCAAUUGAGCACGCCGAAAAUAAUCUUCUGCAAUGAGAAAUCGGUUGAUGUUGUCUUGAGUGCUAUAAAGGAAAAAAAUUGCAAUCCAACGGUGGUAGUUUUUGGCAAACAUAUUAAUGCAAUUUCAUUCUCUGAGAUCUUGAAAAAUUGUACGGAUGCGGAAGUAGCAAAUUUCCGUUAUGCUGAACUCGACAACAUCAAACAGACAGCGUGCAUCAUGCACACGUCGGGCACAACAGGGAUGCCGAAAGGUGUUGAACUAUCUAAUCGCACUAUGAUGCUUGUCAGUGAAGAGAAAUAUCUGGAAAUGACCAACAUGUUAACACUUUGGUUUUGUUCUCUACAUGCGAUCACCGGAGUACAGCUAAACUUGCGUGCAAUUGCACAGGGUGCUACAGUGAUUAUUUAUCCAAAAUUUGAUGAGGAAAUGACUUGCAAAUUGAUUCAGAAAUAUAAGGCAGCAAUUAUAUUUCUUGGCGCAAGCGAGAUAAAUCGAUUUGUCAGAGCAGGUUAUGCUGAGAAAUAUUCAUUACCAUCUUUAAAAGUCAUAUUAGGCGGUGGUGCAAUACUUAAACCAAAAGUUCAAGAAGAAUUGAGACGCACUUUACCAUAUGUCCAGAUAUUACAAGGUUAUGGAAUGACGGAAGUCGGUCUCAUAACAACGCAAUUACCUCAUCAUAAGAAUGGAUCUUGCGGAACAAUAACUAAAAAUAUGCAAAUGAAAGUUGUAGAUCCAGAAAGUGGAAAAGUACUUGGUCCGAAUCAAUCCGGAGAAAUAUGGAUAAAAUCUGCAGUUAUAAUGAACGGUUAUUAUCGAAAUCCUGAAGUAACAAAAAGUGUGAUUGAUGAAGAAGGAUGGUUACAUUCGGGUGAUAUCGGUUAUGUGGAUGAAGAUGGGGAAUUGUUCAUUAUUGACAGGAUAAAAGAACUUAUGAAGUACAGAGGAAAUCACAUCUCACCCGCACAAAUUGAGAGUAUCUUAUUAUCGCAUCCAGCAGUGAUGGAUGUCGCAGUUAUAUCGAUUCCUCAUGCAAUAGACAUCGAACAUCCUCUUGCUUAUGUCACUAAAAAACCUGGCGCCAAGGUGACGGAACAAGAAUUAAUAGACUUAGUGGCAAAUGAAAAGAUUGAUCACUAUAAACUUCGUGCUGGGGUGAUAUUUUUAAAUGCUAUGCCAUACACAGGUUUUGGAAAAAUUGCGAGGAAAGAUUUGAAAGAAAUGGCUAAAAAAUUGUUUAACUUUAAUUAAUUAUAUCUUUUUAAUUGUGAAAAAUUUAUAAACCUAGACAGCACACAACAUCUAAUAGACGUCCGAUUUUGGUCUGUAUUUUGUCCAAACGUCCAUGGACGUAAUACAAAUAAAAAUUUAAUAUAAAUGUAUAAAUAAAUAUAUAAAAAUA